AUGAUACCGUGGUCAUCCUUCGUCCAGAAGGCUCAAAGCCUGAUUGACCCUGCCAAUUUCACCAUCCCCGCCCUGUCCUCCUCCGAUCAUAAUCCCUCUAAGGCAUCACUGUUCCGCCAACAAUUCCGCCUCCCUGAUUCCCAGAACCCGCUUCAGGAGAUUACCGCUGAUCUUAUUCUCCCACUUCCGAACUCGUCAGCAAAUCAAGGAGAUGGUUCUCGCAAGCUUGACCGACCAGGAAACACCUAUGCCGGUCGUCUGCAUUUGAGUGAGCGUUUCAUUUGCUUUUCAACCCAGCCGACUAGCUUUAUUCCAUCUGCCACAGCAAGCUCUUCAACCACCUGGACUGGCCAGACACACGGCACUGGCCCUUCAGGCAAUGGAUUUAUUUUGCCGCUAUCCUGUAUACGACGUGUUGAACGCCUUCAUAGCGCCAGCCAUGUUUUCUCCCUAGCACUCACAACAUGGAACGGUCUACUCACUAAGCAACAAGAUCCUAACUUCGCUCCUCAACGCCUCAUUCUGCAGCUUGUCGGUAGCAGGCAGGCCUGCGAGCGAUUCUGCGACACACUUAAAAAGGGCCUGCGGGAAGCAAUGAAGGAGGUUGACAACUUGCGGAGCGUCGUUUCAGAUUGUUAUUCGGAAUAUUUGCUUUCAGGCGCAAAAGGAAAAGGACAAGAGGGAAAUGAAGCUGAUACUCGUCAACCCCCGGAUGCGGGGCUGGGUCUAAUUUUCCGCUACCCUGGUGAUGCGCGCAAGCUUCGUGAUCGGAGCAAGAUGAGGCUUUGGGGUGAAUAUUUCAGAGAAAAUGGCCGCAAUGCUACCUUGGUCCGCCAACCAACUUUCCACAAGCUCAUCAGAGUUGGUUUGCCCAACCGGUUACGCGGAGAAAUAUGGGAGCUUACAUCCGGCUCUCUAUUCCUUCGUCUGAGGUCUCCAAAAUUGUAUCAGGAGACUUUGGCCAAGUUCGAAGGACAAGAGUCCCUUGCUAUCGAUGAGAUCGAAAAAGAUUUGAAUCGCAGUCUACCAGAGUAUCCUGGGUUCCAGAGCGAAGAAGGCAUUGGACGAUUGCGACGAGUUCUCACUGCCUACAGUUGGAUUGACCCAGAGAUUGGGUACUGCCAAGCCAUGAAUAUCGUGGUUGCGGCAUUGUUGAUAUAUAUGUCAGAGGCUCAGGCCUUCUCCAUUCUUUCGGUGCUCUGCGACCGUCUCUUGCCCGGUUACUAUUCAACAACCAUGUACGGCACACUACUUGAUCAGAAAGUGUUCGAGUCGCUUGUUGAGAAGACAAUGCCAGUACUCUGGGAUCACCUCACCAAAUCAGAUGUUCAACUUUCUGUGGUCUCGCUACCAUGGUUCCUCUCCCUCUAUAUUAACUCUAUGCCGCUCGUCUUUGCUUUCCGCGUCUUAGAUGUGUUCUUCUUGGAAGGACCAAAGGUUCUUUUCCAAGUCGGUCUUGCCAUUCUUCGGGUCAAUGGCGAAGAACUUCUCGAAACCCAGGAUGAUGGGUCGUUCAUCUCUGUCUUGAAGUCAUAUUUCUCACGAUUGGAUGAAUCUGCCCACCCGAGAUCAGAGAACCCCAAGCUGCGGGCCAUCACGAGAUUCCAGGAGUUGAUGGUGGUUGCUUUCAAAGAGUUUUCUGGCAUCACUCACAGCACAAUCACCGAGACCCGCGAGAAGCAUAAAGGUGCUGUACUGGAGAAUAUCGAGACUUUUGCAAAGCGUACCUCCAUCCGCAAUCUUGGACCUGAAAGCAAGCGUCUGAGCGUGGAUGAUCUUGGAACGAUCUAUGACCGUUUCUACGAAACAUUAUACCAAUGGGAACAGCACCAGAGGGUUGUUGAGGAAGAGAUGCGGCGACAAGAGAGAAAGAAAUCCGAGCGCCUAUCUAUGCUAGCCCCUCCUUCCGAUACCCAGGUUGGCCGUGUUGGCCUUGGUCCUAGCCCUACACAUAUGGAUUAUGAUGCUUUCCGGGAAUUUUUAGCAGCUACAUCUAAAUGGGCGGUCGCUGAUUCCCCUGGACCAUCAAGAAAAGAUUCACCGCCAGGAAAAUCAGCACUGUGGGCAAACCGCCGACAGCCAGCAGAUCAUGAGUUCAUGCAACGCCUCUACCGUAAGUGGGCUACAGAUCCCGAGGAGGGAUUGAACCUCCAAAGUGUGGUAAACGGCCUCGCACGCCUCAAAGGAUCCCCUGAUAUCAUGAACAACAUCAACUAUUUCUUCAAUCUAUACGAUGACAGUGGAAAUGGGCAAGUUGAUCGUGAGGGCAUUCUCAAGAUCUCCGAGGCACUCCUGUUCCUCUCCCGGCGUGGAUUUGAGGGCACAAUCACUGCCACAACCUCCGUGGAGAAUUUGAACUCAUUAGGAGACCGCGACCACGCUGAAAACAUGCUCACCACAGAUGAGAAGUUCCUCGGCAGUGUUAGCGCAUUCAUCCGCCGCUGUUUCGAAUAUGCCGACCCCAGCCACUCAGAGAAUCAAAACACAACGCAGCAAGAUGCAACAGAAGAGACAACUGAGAAAUUAGACUCGUUUGCCAUUGGCGAUGAUGAAGACGAAGAAGAAGAGGAUUUGAUUGAUAUUGGUGACGAUGCCAAAUCCACCAAGUCUGCAGCACCGGAUGCAACCCCCCGAUCAACCAACUCCGCCAAAUCAAAUAGUCACGACCACAGCCACUCAGCGUCUGAGUCUGCCAACCCUGCUCUCGACCCCAAUAACCCCCUGCAUAUCACUCUCCCCACUUUCCGAAUGGUUAUCUUGGCGGACGAACUCCUAGAGCAGUUCUUCGAAUCCUACUUCCCCCAAUCCUUCCAUCUCUCCGAUCACCCCCACCCAGCAGCUCUAGCCGCAUCUUCCUCACUCUCGUCCAACCUCACAACCUUCUCCAACCUCGGCAGCAUCCGCUCCUCUGGACUCACCGCAGGCUCAACCGCUCCCAUCGCCGGUGCCUCGGGCGGCAUUGUACCACCAGGAAAGGGUCUACGCGGCGUUCUCGACAACAUCGUCACCGAUGGCAUCCGAAUGGCCGCAGAAGUCAAAAAGCGAAUGGACGAGGCGCAGCGCGAACUCGAGCGCAACGCGCUCGGCCGCGAUGAAGAAGAAGACGAUGACGACGAAGACGACUACCCCCGUCGCGACAACAACACUACUAACAUCGCAGGCGGUAUUUCUAGCCGGGCCGCUGGCGGAUACGGCGGUGAUAGGGAACGGCGUAGCGUCGUGCGAGAUGCUGACCGUGAUCUUCUUGAAGGCGCCGAGGUCCUUGGCGAUGGAAAGGAAGAGAGAACAUCUCUUUUGGACGGAAAGGAAGAAGCAGAACACGCUCCUCGCAAGGUUUCCUCCGGCUUUACGACUUCUGCUAAGGGCAAUGGUUCACCCACGGCCCGUGACAACGAGGUCAUUAGCAAAGUCGUUGAGUUUGAAUCUUGA